AUGGACAGCAGCUCUGACUCUAGUAAAGAAAAGGGUCAGAAGGCAGUACGGAGUACGAGGUACAUUUAUGAAGAGUCCCCCAGACGCGUGGACUUCUUCAUCAGAGCUGAGACUCAGCGAAGAUGGGCAGUUGUACCAGUCCCCAACAACGGGGCCAGAAACGGCGGGGAACUCACUCUUCGAGGAAGACCUUCCAUAGGCCAGUCACGUCAGUCGGAGAUUGACGACAACAUCAAAAGGUUGCAAAACCAGGUCGUCGAACUCAAGUUUGAGUGUAAAAUCCUGCAGCAAGCACGAGACAACUCUGUCGUUGUGGCCGCGCAGAUGAUCAAGGAAAUUGAACGCUUGGAGGGCGUCCUCAGGUCUAUACUCCAGCAGAAAGAGGAACUUUCGAAGGCCGAUUCGCCUUGAACAAGAAAUGACAGAGGAAGCUGGCUCGGUCCGGAUCUUCGUUCGAGAUGUGAUGUCCUAUCGACCUUUGGGUAAGCGGAAGCCGAGACGGCCAGCUCUGCCAUUCACUUGAGCGUCCCGCUCUGUUGAUGCCUGCAAGCGCAUGCAACGUGACAGUCACUCCUUCGACCGAAACACCUAUUACCGUCGGCUGUGCGGAACUCAAAAGCGAUUCCUAAAAUGAACUGGGAGGUCGUCUGUUGUAUUGCGAUAUGCAGGACUGGGUCAUAGGCGAGCUCUGGAGUCCCACGGCAAUGGCGCGGUAAUAUGACAUUGGGAGGUAUCGGGUGUUCACAGAACACGUCAGGGAAGAUGAUGAGGAUGAGACAUACGGGUUCGGUCUCACCUAGCGAAGGGGUGGUUCGUCUGAACAGGUUUGCAAAGCGAAGAAUAUCGCCCGAACCAUCCAUCUAUUGAUGGAGCGGAUGGGCACUCCCAAUCGAAGUACUCGGUACUUCUGAGCGCAUCUGUAUGCUAGACGAGCCGUCGAUCGAUAGGGUUGCUUUUCCCCAAUGUCGAUCCACCAUGGAGACGCUGGCCAAUAUGAGAGCGGUCCCUGCUCUAGAGCAC